CGCCCUCUGCUGGCGAGUCACCGUGUGCGCGCUGUGUGUCGGGUCGCGCGCGCAGAGGAGGCUGAGGGAGGCGCGCGCUCGUGUCACAUUCUUCAGAUGAUCCGCUAUUCAGAAGAAACACAGACAGACAAUCAGCGACACACAGCAGCGAGCACAAGAAUGCUGACUGAAGAUGGACGUUCCUGAAUACCUGGAUCUGGAUGAGAUCGACUUCACUGAUGAUCUACCCUACGCGUCCAAGAGCAUUCCUGAGCUGUGCCGAAGACACGAUGGACAGAGCGACGAGAGACAAGCUCCGUCCAUCAACUGGGCUCGUACCGCGGCGUCACACGGCGGAGCGGGAAUCAAACCCACCGGCAUCGCCGACGUCUACAGCAAAUUCCGACCCGUCAAACGCGUGUCUCCCCUCAAACACCAGCCGGAGGUGUCGGAGACGGAGGCCGACGGGAAGAGCGUGGAGCAGAGCGCAGAACAAAGCAAAGAGGACGCCGCCGUUUCUCCCUGCGCCGUCAAGAGCCGAGGCCUGGCGAACGGAGCUCUGUUUGGAGAGCUGGAGCACUACGACCUGGACAUGGACGAGAUCCUCGACGUGCCGUACAUCAAAUCCAGUCAGCAGACGGCUACUCUGCCCCGCGUGGCUUCGGAGAAGAGGAGCGCGGCCGCCGGCGUCAGAGGAUCGACGCUCGCCCACUCCGAGAGCCUGAGCGGCGGGACGCAGUUCUGUGUGCUGUCGCCCGUCAACUGGCCCGACAUGAGGAAGUCAAAGUCCGUGGAUCUCAGGGCACAAAGCGCGGGAUUCGAGCACGGUCACGGAUCGGAGACGGACAAGCUCCUGUCCGGCCUGCCCUUCCCGGACAAAGCCGUAUCCGACGGCGGGCAGGCGGCGUUCCCUCUCCAGGGAGCCAAAGGCACGAGGGGGGGCUUGCGAGCGUUUGGAGACGGCGACGAAGAAGCCAAGAAGACGCAGAACAUCCUGAACAUCGUGAGAGAGGGGCAGAUCUCACUGCUGCCUCACUUCGCCGCAGAGAACCUGGAGCGCAUCCGAGACGAGGACGGGAACAACCUGCUGCACGUGGCUGCGGCUCAGGGUCACGCCGACUGCCUGCAGCACCUGACGUCGCUCAUGGGCGAGGACUGUCUGAACGAACGCAACAAGCAGCAGCUCACGCCCGCAGGCCUCGGCGUCCGGAACGGUCAUCUGGAGUGUGUGCGCUGGAUGGUGAGCGAAACCGAAGCCAUCGCCGAGCUCAGCUGCACUCGAGAGCAUCCCAGCCUCAUCCACUACGCCGCACGGCACGGACAGGAGCGCGUCCUGCUGUGGCUGCUGCAGUUCAUGCAGGAACAGGCCAUUUCUCUGGACGAGGUGGAUCAGAACGGGAACUCGGCGGUUCACGUGGCGGCUCAGUACGGCCAUCUCAGCUGCGUUCAGACUCUUGUGGAGUACGGCUCCAACGUGACCGUGCAGAACCAGCAGGGCGAGCGUCCGUCCCAGUGUGCCGAGCGGCAGGGUCACAGCACCUGCUCGCGCUAUCUGGUGGUGGUGGAGACGUGCAUGUCGCUGGCGUCGCAGGUGGUCAAACUGACCAAACAGCUGCACGAACAAACUACAGCACGGGUCGCCAUGCAGAACCAACUCCAGCUGCUCCUGCAGACGCAAGAGCCCAACGGAAGACCUCGAUCGCCAAGCUCUCACGUUCCUCCGGCUGAGACGUGGCCUGAGAUGACGCUGACGGCUGAAGUGACGGCUGAUAACGGCCAGUGGGUCCUGAAGCAGAGACACACGGACUCGGAUGGCGUUCUGAAGAAGCUGCUGGGAAAAGACCCGGCGAGUGCCAGAGACAGACUGACGCUGGAGUUCCAGGACGGUGCCGGAGGGGUGGAGUCAGGGGCGGGGCCUGGAGCCGGACCAAUGAGACGGCUGGGGAUGGGAGAGAGGCGGGAACUAAAGUUGGCUCGUCUCAAGCAGAUCAUGCAGCGUUCGCUUAGCGAAUCAGACGGCGACGCGGCGUAUGCUCCGGAUGAGUCCAAACCCGCGGCCGGCGGCUCCAGGCCCGACAGACCGACCCAGCUGCCCAUCGCAGAGGUUGAGGAGCACAAGCACGGCUCCACCAGCGAGCGCAAGCUCUCCUUCGCGCACAGGACUUCCAAAUCCGUGGACGCUUACAACCCGUCUCCAUCUUCAGACCACAGCGAUCCCGAAACGAAAGCCGACGCGGCGGGAGAGUUUCCCGACGGCCAAAAGGUCGCGACGAGCCCCAAAAGUGCCCUCAAGUCCCCGUCCUCUCGAAGAAAGACCUCUCAGAACCUGAAACUGAGGGUCACGUUCGACGAGCCGCCGCGUAAAGACGGACCCGCGGCCGACGUGAAAGUCCCGCCCGCCAAAGACAAGGCGGAAUCCGGGAAACGGCCUUUCGGAACGUUCCGCUCCAUCAUGGAAACUCUCAGCGGCAACCAGAACAGCAACAACAACAACACUCAGAGCGGUGGAAAAAGCGCCGGUCCGUCCGGGAAAAAGAGCGAAUCCAAGAGCAAAAGCAAGACGAGCGCUGUCUAGAGCAGCCGACGCUACAGAACUAUGAUUCAGAUUUGCACUCUGAUGACCUUUUAGAAACCAGGUGCUUGAUUAAUGAAUCUUUUCGACACUAUUUGCAGUCACACUUUCUUACAUGCGAGUUUUUGAAAUAGUAAUUUUUCAAUACUGUGAUUUUGUACAGACUCAAUAAUCAAACAGAAGCAGCAGAGAAUGAACAAUCGAACAAACGAACGAACGAAUGAAUCAUGUUCUUUAUUCCAGUGCUGCACCUUCAGAUUCUGACUGCUUUCAUAACUCAAAUACGUUUAUAUGUAAUCUGUCUUGUUCUGAGUUAAUGUAUGGAUUUAUAAUUUAACUCUUAUGUUUGAAUGCAAGAAAUAUGAUAUUAUUGGAAUCAUUGUAACGACAUUUGGAGGUUAAAAUAAAGACGUUUUCAACUGUUA